CCCUCCCUCUUCUUCACACCCUCCCCUCCUUCUCGUAUCUCCUUCUUUCUCUCUAUCUUCCUCCCUCUGCCAUACCUCUGCUCGGGCAGGCUCCCGUCUCUGUCCCACCCUCCCCCUUUUUGACUCCCCCCACCCGACACCAUGUCGUCCAUGCCGUUGGAGCCCCCGGCCUACCUCAGCUCACUCCAGAACAAUAUUCGAGCUCGUCCGAUCCCUUGGGAGGGGGCUGUCCGCGCAGGUAACAUCACCGAUGAUCAUCUGAAGAAGAUCAAGGCGGUCGAUAAGGUCCGCAAGGAGCAACGACGUCAGACGGUGGAGGGAGACCUUCCGGGCUAUGUUGGUCUGCUCGCUGGCAGCUCCGACGGCAAGAGCGUGCUGGACUUGGCGUCCAGGAGAACCGAUAUUGUACAAUACAUCCUUGUGCUGGCAGCCGACCUGAUCAAUGAUGUCCCGUCCCUAUCGUCCGCACUGGUGGCGCAUCCCAGCCCCUACAAGCCAUUCCUUCCCCUCCUGCGUCACUCCACGAACACCGAAGAUCCCAUCCCACUGCUUACCUCGACAUUCUUGACCAACCUCGUAUCCAUCAGCCUCGUGUCCACGUCCAAAUCUACUCCGCGGGAUGAGGAGGCGCUCCCGCAGCUUUUCACCUACCUCUCUAGCUUGACCCAGAACCAAGACAGCGGACUGCAGGAUAUUGGAGUUCAGAAACUGUCGGCGCUGCUACGCACAUCGCGAUCUCGAGAGCUCUUCUGGAAACAGAGGAAAGAGACGGUCGAUCCCCUGGUUGAGAUCCUCCGCGCUGCUGCCGGAGCCAAGGACACUGGCUCCAGCACUCUGGCUGGUAGCUCCCGCAUCGAGCCCGGUCUGGCGGGCGGAGUUGGCCUUCAACUGUUAUACCGCGUUCUCCUGGUUCUGUGGCAGCUGAGCUUCGAAGGCAGUCUGAUCGGCGAUGAUCUUCAAGCCGAUCAUGAGAUUAUCCAGCUGUACUCUCACCUUCUGCGUCUUUCUCCCAAGGAGAAGACCACGCGCCUCCUCCUCGCGACCCUCAAGAACCUCCUGUCCUCCAACCGCACGACCCUCCUCCCGGUAGCGGUGUUUGUGCGCCUCUCCGCGCUUCUCUCCAACCUUUCCGGCCGUCAUUUGACCGACCCUGACCUCCUCGAGGAUCUCAAAUACCUGUCGGAUAUGUUGGAGGAGUACACCAAGACGCAGACGACGUUCGAUCAGUACGCCGCCGAACUGCAAUCGGGCCACCUUCGCUGGUCGCCGCCCCACCGCAAUCCCACCUUCUGGAAAGACAACGCGCGCCGGAUUCUCGACGACACCAACGCCGCGCUCCCGAAGAAGCUGGCCGAGAUCAUUUCCAAGAGCUGGGACAAUGACAAGCAGGUGCUCGCGAUCGCCUGUAAUGACGUGGGACACCUAGUGAAGGAACUGCCCGAGCGACGGAACCAGUUGGAGCGAUUGGGACUGAAGGCGCGAGUGAUGGAGCUGAUGGCGGACAAAGACGAGACGGUGAGAUGGGAGAGUUUGCGGGCAGUGGGCGAGUGGCUGCGGUAUACAUUUGAUGACUGAUUUUGUAUUCUCUUGUGUUUUGCCUGUCUAUACUACCCAAUCUGUUUCUUUUUUCUCGUCGGGCUUCGAGCAUUUGUAAGAAUCGAAUGCUGCAUUGAUGGUACAGCUUCCUGUGCAUAAUAGAAAUAUUGGUCAAUGCGAUU